UUUAUAAAAAAAAAAAAAGACAUUUAGCAGCCACAACGAAUAAUGUAACAUUCUGCAUAUAUUCAAAAUAAUAUAAAAUUACUUUCGUAUAACAUGUAAUAACUGAUUUAUGCAGGCGCAGUAGUUAAGCCGUCGCCGGUUUGAACAGCUUUCGCGGUGUGGUAAAGCUUUCGGUCAUAGCUAGUUGCAAUCGCGCCGCUGGAGUGGAGAGACAGACAUACGGAGACCAUCGCAUCAGGCAGAAGCAGCACACAAAUAAAUAAAAACAACAAUUGUUUUACUGCACUUACCCACGCCCACCCCCUACAAACCACUACUUGGGACACAGAGAAAUAGAGUAAUAUUUAAUCUCUACUUAGUGUCUAUUUAAAUUGCAAUAAUGUUGGUUCGUCGUGCGAGAAGCAUCAACAAAUUGCUGAGGAUUGGCUCGGCAAAUGCAGCAGCAUCGCACAACACUUAUUUUACCUAUGUCAAUGAGUUGUCGCAUCCGUUGCCCCGCGAGCCGCCAAUCGUCUCGCCCGAGGAGGCCGUCGCCUGCAUUAAGUCUGGCGAUGUGGUUUUCGCACAGGGCGCAGCCGCUACUCCUGUGACACUGCUGAAUACGAUGACGGCGCAUGGAAAGAACAACAAACUGGAGAAUGUGACUGUUUGCCACAUGCACACCGAGGGUCCAGCGGAGUAUUGCAAGCCGGAAUAUUCGGACAUUUUCCGCUCGAACUCGUUCUUCAUGGGCGGCAAUGUGCGCAAAGCUGUCGCCGAGGGACGUGGCGAUAAUAUGUCCAUAUUUCUGCAUGAGAUUCCCCAGUUGUUCUACAAGAAGAUUGUGCAGCCCGACGUUGCCUUAAUUCAUGUGUCGCCACCGGACAAUCAUGGCUUCUGCUCGCUCGGCACUAGCGUCGAUUGUGUCCGUGCUGCGCUCCUCAACUCGAAGAAGAUUGUCGCUCAAAUCAAUCCAAAUAUGCCGCGCACCUUUGGUGAUUCCAUCAUUCACAAGUCGCACUUUGACUUUGCCAUUGAGGUGAACGACAAGCUGCCGCAGCAUGGCACAGGCGAGAUAUCGGCUGUGGAAAAGAAGAUCGGCCAACUGAUUGCCGAGAAUUUGGUUACAGAUGGUGCCACGCUGCAGAUGGGCAUUGGCAGCAUUCCGGAUGCGGUGCUCAAUGCUCUGCACAACCACAAGGAUCUGGGCAUACACUCGGAGAUGUUUGCCAACGGCGUUGUUGAGCUGGCCAGAAAGGGUUGCAUCACCAACAGUCGCAAGACGAUGCACAAGGGUCGCAUCGUUGGCUCCUUCCUGAUCGGUGAUCAGCCCCUCUACGAUUUUGUCAACGAUAAUCCCUUCAUUGAGAUGUUGGCCAUUGACUAUGUGAACAAUACCAGCAUUGUUAAGCAGCAGCCCCGCAUGACGGCCAUCAACAGCUGCAUCGAGGUGGACUUGACCGGUCAGGUCUGCUCCGAUUCGAUUGCCACACGUUUCUAUUCUGGUUUCGGUGGCCAGGUGGACUUUAUACGCGGUGCUGCCGAGGGUCUGGAUGGUUUGGGUGUGCCCAUCAUUGCCAUGCCAUCGACCACCAACAAAGGAGAGAGCAAGAUUGUGCCUAUGCUGAAGGCUGGCGCCGGUGUGGUCACCUCCCGUGCCCAUGUUCACUAUGUGGUCACCGAGCACGGCAUCGCCUCGCUAUUUGGCAAGAAUAUGCGCCAGCGCAUGUACGAACUGAUCCAAAUCGCUGAUCCCAAGCAUCGGGAGGCGUUAGAGAAGAGUGCCUGCGAGCGUCUCAAAGUGAUGCCAUCUCCAAACUAAGGCUAACAACUAGCAACUAAGGCGUACAAUAGAAGGACGAAACAUUUAAAGUGCGAGACUCCCAUUUAACAAUUGAAUUUUGUUUUCUUUUGUAACAUUUAAUGGCUAAAGGCAUUCCCGCAAUGGUUUCCUCUUUCAAUUGAGCCUCCUCUCACAUUACUUUAGAUCCGCCACACAAUUCCUGUAUCAAUCCGACACAAAAACUGACAAUGAAUCAUUAAAAUCGAAAUGUUAAGAAAGUA